UGGAGGGGGUCCUAACACCACACGGGGAUAAAUAUAUAUACAUACACUCAAUAAUAGCACCCAAAGGAGAUUAGAGUAUGACGGACACUGACGGAGGGGCUCCGCGGGGCCGCGCGUAAAGAUGAGGAUUCCUCCGGUGUGGGCGCUGGGCGCUUGCCAGACUGGGUGAAGUGAGAACGGAGAGGGAAACCUGCUGAGAGAAAAAACACCGCCUGGGACUGCUGAGGAGGACCUCUGUGCAGGUUCACACGGCCGUCGGCAGGGUGGAGCUUCCUGACCCAUGGAGAAUUACUUCCAGGCAGAGGCCUUCAACCUGGACAAGGUGCUGGACGAGUUUGAGCAGAACGAAGAUGAGACGGACACCCCUAUUCUCUCAGAUGCCAAGUGGACCCAGAUCCUGGCCCCGCCGGCCCACCUGCUCUCUCUGAACCCUGCCCUGGCCCACGCAGACCUCAGCCCCCGGGAGAGUCCGCUGCCCUUCAAGACCCUCCCCGACUCCACAUCCAGCGCCACCCCGGGGGCCGACCCUAAAAGAAAUCCCGGCACGGAAACUCCAUCCUGGGUCGAGGAGAGGCCGGCAGACGUCCACAGCCCACCGCUCCCCCAACCGAACAUCGGCAAACUGGUGGGCACAGACAACCUUUCGCCGCCGCCCGAGACGGCCUGUAGCGCUGUGGAGAACGGCUGCCCUGCCAGCCCACAACUCGACGGGCUCAGCGAGGAGAUAAAUUCUUCUCCAGACAACCAGCCCACCGCCUCUGACCAGGAGGCUAAACCUCAUCAGGAGGAGAGAGCUGCACCAGGAGGGGGAGGAGGCUCUGCCGUCAGUCACACUCACUUUACCUUUGAGGUAGGAUUAGGACAGGAAGAAGCGCCGUCUGAGAAGAUUCAUCCAAAUGUGGAACCGGUAACACAAAACGGGGAAGGUGUCAAAGAAAGUGUUAGUACAGCUGUUUUACAAGAAAGACAACCUGCAAACUCAAAGGAGGAGCAGGGAGAAAGUCUGCUGAAUGGAGGGAGAGACGUUCAGGCUGUUUGUGAGGUGGAGGAGAACGGUGUGUCUCCUGACGGGGUGCGAGAGGAGGAGAAGGAGACGAGAUGUGGUCCAGAGGGACAGACAGACCAGCUGCUUAGGAUAAUAAGCCUUCCUAAUGGUUUGGAGCAGGAGAGUGGGAACCAUUCCAUGCUUAAGGAGACUGAGGAGGAGUACGAGGAGGAGGAGGGGGGAUUUACUCCCUCUCCUGUCCCCUCCAAAGAGGACUCUGUAACUGAGGAGAAAGAAAUGGAGGAGAGCAAGCAGGAGAGCGGUGAUGGAGGAGCAGUGGGGUCAGGUAGCACUCAACCAAAACUCAACAACAAUCGGCUGCAGCCGGUCAGCGUUCCCUACGGAGGGGCGCGACCAAAGCAGCCGGUCGCCCUCAAGCUGCAGAUCCCACAGCCGCUGUCGGGCCAAGUACAGAAUCAGCUUGGCCCGUCCGCCGUUAGCAAGAACAAGAACCUUGAGAACCAGUGUCGGAGAGGCACGCCGUCCGAAACGACGGUCAGUGUGACUGAUCAGACUGCAGCUGGGGUGAACGGAGACAGUGUUGUCCACUCUCCUUCCCUGAUGCCCUCAGAGAGCCCAGACAAUGACCUCCAGGCGGGUCAGCAAGGUGCUUUGAGCAGGAAGCCUGCCAGCUCCCUCGGAGAGGUCGCGCCUGUGUGGGUGCCCGACUCACAAGCUCCUGUUUGUAUGAAGUGUGAUGUCAAGUUCACCUUUACCAAGAGGAGACACCACUGCAGGGCCUGCGGAAAAGUCUUCUGUGCGACAUGCUGCAGUCUGAAGUGCCGGCUCAUGUACAUGGACAGGAAAGAGGCUCGGGUCUGCAUCACCUGUCAUUCUGCUCUGACAAGUGCUCAAUCAUGGGAGUCACAGGUAACUGGAAGCAACCAGAGUCCAAACCCCAACAACCCAGCAGAGUACUGCUCCACCAUCCCCCCUCUGCAGCAGGCUCAGGCCUCUGGGGUGCUCAGCUCUCCCCCUCCCACUGUCAUGGUGCCCGUGGGAGUCCUGAAACAGCCUGGCAACGAGGGGUCCCUCACACGGGAGCAGAGGAGAGUCUGGUUUGCUGAUGGCGUCCUACCGAAUGGAGACACAGCAGAGUCCCCCAAACCUCUGACGUCCAGCCCCGCCCCCUCGCAGUCACUGGCCAUCUCCACAUAUUCGAACAAAACCUCCAGUUCAGAGUCCUCGGAGGCAGCCCAUACUCCUGUUGCCCCUGUGGGCAGCCCCGUGGGCAGCUCCCUCAGUCUGAUCCCGGAGGACGGGCUCCCUCCCAUCCUCAUCUCCACCGGCGUCAAAGGAGGUACGGGAGGCCACAUCACAGACUAUGCAGUGGAGGAGAGGCCGUCGGAGAUCGUCCUCAUGCAGCAGCUGGAGGAGGGAGGCCCAGACCCCCUGGUCUUCGUUCUCAAUGCUAACCUGCUCGCGAUGGUCAAACUAGUUAAUUAUGUAAACAGGAAGUGUUGGUAUGUGACGACUAAGGGCAUGCAUGCUGUCGGCCAGGCGGAGGUGGUCAUCCUGCUCCAGUGUCUUCCUGACGAGAAGACCAUCCCGAAAGACAUCUUCACCCACUUCGUGCAGCUCUACCAGGAGGCCCUCAGUGGCAACGUGCUGAGCCACCUGAGUCACUCGUUCUUCACGCAGAGCUUCCUGGGCAGUAAGGAGCACGGUGGCUUCCUCUACAUCAGCCCCUCCUUCCAGUCUCUGCAGGACCUGCUGCUGCCCAACCCGCCCUACCUCUUCGGCAUCCUGAUACAGAAGUGGGAGACGCCCUGGGCCAAAGUGUUCCCCAUCCGCCUCAUGCUGCGGCUAGGAGCAGAGUACAGAUUUUAUCCGUGCCCGUUGUUCAGCGUUCGCUUCAGAAAGCCGCUCUUCGGAGAGACCGGUCACACUAUCAUGAACCUGCUCGCAGACUUCCGUAACUACCAGUACACGCUGCCGGUGGUGAAAGGUCUGGUCGUGGACAUGGAGGUGAGGAAGACAAGCAUCAAGAUCCCCAGUAAUCGCUACAAUGAGCUGAUGAAGGCCAUGAACAAGUCCAACGAACACGUGCUGGCCAUGGGGGCGUGUUUCAACGACAGGGCCGACUCCCACCUGGUGUGCGUUCAGAACGACGACGGGAACUACCAGACGCAGGCCAUCAGCAUCCAUCACCAGCCGCGCAAAGUUACUGGAGCCUGUUUCUUUGUGUUCAGCGGUGCUUUGAAAGCCUCGUCGGGCUUCUUGGCCAAAACCAGCAUUGUUGAAGACGGUGUGAUGAUCCAGAUCACAGCGGAGACCAUGGACUCUCUACGGCAAGCUCUGAGGGACAUGAAGGACUUCACCAUCACGUGCGGCAAAGCUGACCAGGAGGAGAACCAGGAGCUGGUCCACAUCCAGUGGACGGAGGACGACCACAACUUCAACAAGGGAGUCAUCAGUCCGAUCGACGGGAAGUCUAUGGAGUCCAUCACCAGCGUCAAGAUCUUUCACGGCUCCGAGUUCAAAGCCAACGGAAAGGUCAUCCGCUGGACAGAGGUGUUUUUCCUCCAGAGCGAAGAUCAACCCAACGGUCUGAGCGACCCGGCCGACCACAGCCGGCUGACGGAGAACGUGGCGCGAGCGUUCUGCAUGGCGCUCUGCCCGCACCUCAAACUGCUGAAGGAGGACGGGAUGGCCAAACUAGGGCUGCGGGUCACACUGGACUCUGACCAGGUGGGCUACCUGGCAGGAAGUAACGGCCAGCCUCUGCUGCCUCAGUACCUGAGCGACCUGGACAGCGCUCUGAUCCCCGUCAUCCACGGAGGGGCGUGUCAGCUGAGCGAAGGCCCGGUUGUCAUGGAGCUGGUUUUCUACAUCCUGGAGAUCAUUUCCUAGGAUCCUCCUCUUCCUCCUCCUCACCCACCAGGAGCGUCACCUCCAAAAACAUCCUUUUUUUACCUUCCGACAUCAUCGUCCUCCAGCCUGGUCCUCCGUCAUCUCCCGUUCAAAACCGUUUGCACUUCAAAAAGAGCCCGAAAAACUGUGCCGUGCCAGGCGGGGUAGCAUUCCUCAAGUCAGCCUAUGCAUCCAAAAACCACCACCGACGACCGUGUGCUCUGCUCUCCAGAGGCCGCCUGGCGCCACCCUCCUCCCUCCCGACGAGGCGCCGAGCGGGAUCGUCCGUCACACGUCCUGAGUAGCAGCCUCACCCCCGUCAGGUGCUCCGAGCAGGAAACGAACACCGGAGGUCACAGCGGGUCCCGUCACAGCACCCACGGCGGCGGCGGCGGUGUUCGCUGGAAGUCAAAGUGCCUCCUCGAGUGACGGUUUAUCUGAUGAUCUGAUGAGUUAGUUAACGAGGACGUCAUGUGAAGUAGAUCCGAUUAAAGAAUAAUGAGGAUCAGCCGCUCAGUGUUACAAUCAGAUGACAAAAACACAUUUAAGAGCUCAGAGGAGAAAUACGAUUUUAAUAAAAUCAUUAAAUGGAGUUCAUGUAGGUCUGCUGCACAGAAAGACCACAGAAUUAGUUUUUCAGUCAUUUCUGACUUUUGAACAAAUAUAAUCAGAGCUACAACUAAAACUUCUGUCGGUUCAGUCUAUAAAAUGUCAGAAAAUGAUA